AUGAAUCCCCAGGGCUCCAGAGUUGACGGGCCGCCUCCGAUGGGCGCGGCCGACGCCAAAUCGCCCGGGGCGUCCGAUAACCCGCAGCCCCCGCAAGUGAUUCGCAAGAUCCCGACCUCGGAGGUGAUGUCCGUGCGAGUGGCCAUGCAGGACGUGCCCACCGCGGCGGUGGGUGGCGUCGGGAAGCACCCCGGCCACCACCAGCACCACGUGCGCAAGCCUGCAGCGCCGCCUCCACCGCCGGCCAAGGACCAGAACACCGUAGCCCCGCCCAGCGGCGAGCCCGUGAAGGCGAACCCGCCGGAGAUGGUGACCAGGCGGAGGACGUCCAGCGAUGUCAGCAUGGCCUCGCGUCUGCGGUCGGGCUCCGAAAGCUACUACAUCGACCGCGAGCUCGAGAAGGUGGUCUUCCCGUACGGGGCGCAUACGCCCAAGAAGACGGACUACGCCAAGCUGCCGCGCCCCGUGAGCAACAUCGCCGAGGUGAAUGACGAGAUCGGCGUCGACCAGAUCUCGCCCAUGAAGUCCUUCCUGGGGCAGCAGGCGGCGGACGUCAGCGUGUGCUCGGAGCGCUUCCUGAGCACGACGCUCCGGGAGAUUCCGCUCUUCGGCGAGACGCUGGGCCGCAUCAAGAUCCCGCUGGCCGCCGUCGUGCAGCCGUUCGCCGAGGAGGUCGACGGCAAGGUGCCGCUGGUGGACCUGGUGUCCGCCAUCGGCGAGGAGAGCCUGUCGAAGCAGAACCUGAUCCGCUGCCCGCGCUGCCAGGCGUACUUCAACCCCGCCAUGGAGGACGACUACAGGCUGAACUACCGCCUGUGCAACUUCUGCUACAACGGGUUCAUGCUCAGCGAGGCGGAGUCCAACGCUUUGACCGCGCUGAAGGGCAGAGACCUCGACAACGCCCGCGUCGCGCCGAUCAUGCACGGCAGCGUCGACUUCGUGGCGCCGCUGCGCUACUACGUGCGCGACCUCGGGGAGGAUGUGACCAUAGCCAAGCAGCUGACGUCCCUGCUGUCGCGCGCCAGCGAGCUCACCUCGAUGAUCCCGUUGCUGAACAACCCCAUGUCCCCCAAGAAAGACGUCGUGUACUCGACCUACGACGUCAAGGACCUGAGUCAGCAGUUCGAGGGGAUGGGCCCCACGGGCCACCCGCACCACGAGCACCUGGGCGGAGCGGCAGACGAGCCCUCCUCCGAGGCCGCGGCGGGGGCUCCCGCCGUCUCGGUGCUGCAAACCCCCGCCAGCGUGCCGUCGGCCCCCCAGUGGAAGAAGGAUAUCGUGCGCAAGCCCGCCUACGUGAUUGUCGUGGAUGCCACGGCCAACUCGGCCAAGAUGGGCCUGCGCAACGCCGUGCUGCAAAGCAUGCGAUCGGUGUUCGAGGAGUGCGCCGCCAGCCGCACCCCCGUCAAAUUCUGCGUCAUCACGUUCGACUCCGUCGUGCAUUUGUAUUCGCGGCGCCGUGGCUUCUUCCAGGUGAACGUCGUUUACGAGGUGUGGGACCACUUUUCGCCCAGCUGCGCGGACGAGCUCUUUAUCGAGUUCGAUGGCACCAACCUGGAGGACGUCAAUAGUUAUUUGGACGGCAUCUCACGCCUCGAAGUGCCAGCGAACGCCUCGUCGUCGUGCGGUAAUUUUGCGCUAUCAGUGGGUGUGUCCCUGUUGGCCGAAGCCAACACGCCGGGAACGGUCUGCAUCUUCUACUCGCAGCCGCCGGAGAUGGGACUGGGCUACUGCCACAACCCCACGGUCUCCUCCGAUUUCAGCAUGGAGGAGUCGCUCAAGAUGUUCUACGACGGGAUCAUACAGCAGUGCUACGAAAGCGGCAUCGCGGUGGACGUGUACCUCUGCGCGUCCUUCGAACGCAUGCCGGGAGACGUGUGCCUGCAGUACGUGAGCCAGCAGACGGCCGGCAUCGGCUGCAGCUUCCCGGCGUUCGAGGCGGUGUCCGACGCCCCGAAGAUUGUCAAGAACCUGGUGCGGCUCUUCAGCCUCCCGCAUGCGUACAACUGCGAGUUGAAGCUGCGCUGCAGCAAGCCCAUCGAGGUGGAGGAGAGUUACUGCCCGUUCCACAACACCAGGGCGUUCAUCGACAAGGCGACCCUGCGAGUGCCGAGGCUCUCCCCCGACACCGCCAUAUGCUUCGCGCUCGGCAUGGACGACCUCAUCCGCGAUCGGGAAAGGCUCUUCGUGCAGUUCGCGUGCAUGUACAAUUCCAGCGUGGACGGGCGCAAGCUUGUGAGGGUGCACACGCAGUCCAUGAAGGCCUCCACGCGCGUGAACGCCAUCAUAAAGGGCGCCCGCUGCGACACCCUGGUGAACUACUACGCCCGCAAGAUGGCGUACAACAUGAUACGCUCCGGCACGGACGCCAGGAAGUCCAUCAAGGAAGAGGUGGUUGCCAUGCUGUGCAGCUACCGCCAGCUAUGCGCGCCCUCCACGCCCGAAAACCAGCUUAUCCUGCCCGAGAACCUGCAGAACCUCCCGGCGGCGCUCAACGCUCUGUUCAAGAUGUACAACCCCGGCGAGCUGGUCUACGACUACCUGCAGAAGAUGCUGCGCACGCUGCUGGCGCCCACCGGGGAGAGCAAGUACUCCUACACCCGGUGCUACUGCCUGCACCGCAGCGUGUACGACGAGUACGCCGAGGGGGUGCCCGAGGGCGGCUGGGGCUUCGCGUGCCUCGCGGUGCCCUCGUCGGCCACGGAGAUAUACAGCGAUGGCCUGUACCUUAUCGACGACGGCCAUAAGCUGGUGCUCUACUUCGGGCCUCACGUGCGCUGGGCUCUGCUGCAGGAGCUCUUCGGCAAGGACCUGCUGCUCAACGAGACCACCGCGAACACCCUGAGCAUCUCCAGCGAGACCGAGACCGGCCGCAACCUGCUCGACGUCAUCAGCCGCGUGCGCGCCCUUCACGUGGGAGGCCAGUUCCUGCACCUCAAGAUUCUACCCUACUGCUCGCGCUACCGGCGCCUCCUCAAGCUGCUCAUGCUCGAGGACGAGGCCGGCGGCGAGGCGAACUACGAAGACUUCCUGGUCACGAUGCACCGGCAGAUUAAGCUGCUGCAGUCGUACCGGGUCGCGUGA